CCGAAGGCAGGUGUCAGGAGCAUCCAAGAUGGCGGAGCAGCCGGAGAAGACAGCUUCGCGAAAACCUGCAGACACUGCAUUCAAACAGCAACGGCUCAAGGCGUGGCAACCGAUUUUGACUGCUUCGACAGCUCUUCCAGUAUUCUUCAUCGUUGGGAUCGUUUUUAUACCGAUCGGAGCCAUUCUUUUGGUUGCUUCUGACGGAGUCCAAGAAAAGGAUAUUGAGUARACACACUGUAARAGRACUACRACUGGUGGGGGAUGRGAUGAUUUCUUCAAAAACGUGAACAAUUCUGGAAAAACSUGCAAGUGCAGCAUUACAUUCAGUCUUUCAACUAAAUURUCUGGUGAAGUUUUCCUAUAUUAUGGUCUAUCUAAUUUUUACCAGAAUCAUCGUCGUUAUGUYAGAUCCCGGGAUGAUCUUCAGCUAAAUGGUAACCUAAAGAGUACAGUUAACAAAGACUGUGCACCGUUUGAUAAAAACAGCAACAGCACGCCAGUUGCACCUUGUGGUGCCAUUGCUAAUAGUCUGUUCAAUGAUACCUUUGAGUUAUCAUACAUCAAAUCUAAAAGCAGUGCUCCAAUAAAGGUCAACUUGACUUACAAAGACUCAUCCAUUCUCAUACCCAGGUUCUAUCCAUACCURGSYGUCCCUCUCAACCGAAGGCAGGUGUCAGGAGCAUCCAAGAUGGCGGAGCAGCCGGAGAAGACAGCUUCGCGAAAACCUGCAGACACUGCAUUCAAACAGCAACGGCUCAAGGCGUGGCAACCGAUUUUGACUGCUUCGACAGCUCUUCCAGUAUUCUUCAUCGUUGGGAUCGUUUUUAUACCGAUCGGAGCCAUUCUUUUGGUUGCUUCUGACGGAGUCCAAGAAAAGGAUAUUGAGUARACACACUGUAARAGRACUACRACUGGUGGGGGAUGRGAUGAUUUCUUCAAAAACGUGAACAAUUCUGGAAAAACSUGCAAGUGCAGCAUUACAUUCAGUCUUUCAACUAAAUURUCUGGUGAAGUUUUCCUAUAUUAUGGUCUAUCUAAUUUUUACCAGAAUCAUCGUCGUUAUGUYAGAUCCCGGGAUGAUCUUCAGCUAAAUGGUAACCUAAAGAGUACAGUUAACAAAGACUGUGCACCGUUUGAUAAAAACAGCAACAGCACGCCAGUUGCACCUUGUGGUGCCAUUGCUAAUAGUCUGUUCAAUGAUACCUUUGAGUUAUCAUACAUCAAAUCUAAAAYCAGUGCUCCAAUAAAGGUCAACUUGACUUACAAAGACAUUGCCUGGGAAUCAGACAGYACUGUCAAAUUCAAGAACCCCUCUGGAAACCUCAAAAAUGCUUUCAGCAAAUURGCAAAGCCGCGUGAUUGGCAGAGACCUGUGUAUGAAUUGUCUACAGAUCCCAAGAACAAUGGAUUUAUCAAUCAAGAUUUUAUUGUYUGGAUGCGAACGGCAGCCUUCUCAACCUUUCGCAAGCUGUACAGGAAGAUUGUGAAGGAGGGUACCUUUGAUGAGGGUCUGCCUAAGGGGGAUUACCGACUGGAUAUCAGUUACAACUAUCCUGUUGUUCAUUUUGAUGGUCAAAAAAGAGUUAUCCUCAGUACUACCUCAUGGAUAGGUGGCAAAAAUCCAUUCCUUGGCAUUGCUUACAUCACUGUUGGUAUCCUGUGCUUGGUUCUAGGCAUUUGCUUCUUCAUUAUUCACAUCAAGUUUGGUAAAAGUAUUCCAUCAGUAAUUCACAAAUUUGAAAAUGUAUAUGAGGAUGACAAUAGUGAAGAYCUUAGGAGACUUGCUGGYCGUCAUUGAGGUAAGAUGUARGCAGCAUCUCUAACAUCUGAUUUGUU